CAAAAAUAGAAGAAAGCUUGUCAUGGCGGAAUAAUCAGCUGUUAAUUGCAAUGCCAACUAAUAUUUCUUAUUUAUUUCAAUCACCGUCAAUAAUUUAUCUGUUUGAAUAUUUUUAAUACCUUUUCAUAAUUCCUGCAAUAAAUAAACCAACAGUUUAAUCGUUUAAUUUAAAAUUUUCUACCAAGAUAAAAGAGGAAUGGCGCGAUGUCCCUUUGUCAUCUGUCAGCUUCAAUCAUCCAUUGUGUGGAAAAAAAUGUGACUUGUGUGCUUUGUAAUUAUAUUUUCACGUAAUAACAACUAAACGAACAAUAAAUAGAUAUAGUAUAUCAUUAUUAUCGUUGGAAGCCAAUGGUUACCGUAUUUCAUACUUGUGACUACCGUACUUACACUGUUAAAGUAGGUAUUGUUUAUCGAGGCCUACGGCGCUCUCUGUACAAAGAAUCAGCGGCGUCGAUGAUUAACUUUGGCUUUUUAUUAGUGCAGAGGUAGAAGUUUAAAAAUUUAUUGGGUGAUACGAAAUCUCUGAGUUCAAUUCGUGUUCGUAAUUUCGGUAAAAAUGUCCGGGCGCGUUCGAAAACAGUCCGAUUGCCCGGUCGGCAAGGGGCCGAUGAGAGCGACCUUACCCGUAUCUUCUGUGAUGAAACAGAGUGGAGGACUUAAGAAGAACAGUGGCAACAGCCCAACUUUGUCUCCCACGAAUAUCUGGCGACGAAUAUCACCAGAUCACGCUCUGUCAGGACAACGGAGUCCUGGUGCUGUCAAUUAUAAAGGUAAAGGUCGCUUUGGUUCCAAUGUAAUCAGACGUACAGCUUCACUGGAUACACUAGAUCAGAAAGGACAGUGGUCUAGAGAUUAUUACCUUCAUGCUGGUCAGCUACAAGUUGAUAAGUCUACACAAACUGAUGAUGGAGGUGGAGCAUCAGGCCGAUCAUCUAGGAGUUCUGAUGAUGAUAAACUAGAUCGCUUUCGUCGCAGUCGCCUACAAAGACCUCACAAGGGUUCCGUUUCGGGGGAUUAUUCCUCACAGUCCAUGAGUCCUGGAUUAUGGUCCCGCUUCGGCUCUGGUAGCGUACCAUUAAGAGCUGCCCGUUCGUCGGUAGAAGGAUUAAACCAAGAAAUAGAAAGACUUGUGUUGUACCCAGCAAGUGGUACGCAGACUCCGCAAUUGGACCGACUACGUGAUAAGGUAACCCCAGAAGGACAUCGCGCCCCAUUAGCAGAGCUUUUAAGGCGUUCUGUCAAUACCCAAACACCACAUGACCUCUGUCAUACAGCUCAUUCUUCAGGUGGCAGUGUAUGUUCAUCGCCAGAUUUGGAUGGAUCUAAACUCGGUACUUCGCCACAAAUAAAUCGCUUCCUAGCCCGUGAACCACCAGAUGGUUGUGAAAAGGUGAAUUUAAAAGCAGGAGAAGGUGCAUAUACGGAUCCAGUGCUAGUAAUGAAACCAGCGGCGCCAGGGUUUACGCUGCGGCCUUCACUCGGCUCAGCGUUCCAGCCUCUCCAACCAGCCUCAUCGCCUUCACCGCCCGCAUCCACUUCUCACUGACUCAUCCUUUAUGUAAUUUAAAGGUAUUAAACUCGUUCUAUACAGUGUCAGAAAGCAUUACACCAGUAUUUUUCUACAAGCCAACACAGGUUAUGUUAUGCGCAAUCCAGAAAAUUCUCUUUGUUUAAUGAAUUUACUACUUGAUGCCUAAUGUAGUAUGUUAUAUUCGAAAAGUGUUUUGAUUUGUAACUCAUGAAUUAUUCUUACAAUUCAAAUUACCUGUACAUAUUUUAUACAGUCUAUACCUAUUACUAUGACAGACAUUAGUUUCGCGAGCAUAGCAUAGAUAAGCAUCCAUCUUGAAAUAAAAAAAAUACCGCUCAAUAUACAGGCUCUAAACUUUACAGUAACUUACGAAGUUGUAUGUAACAAAAUUUACAUUUUGUAAUGAUGGAAUAAUUGUUGAAAUUUUUUUUUUAUAUAUAUACAUCUCAGUUUAUCCUUAUUUAAAAAAAUGUGUUAUUAUUACAAUUUAUUCACAAACUGUAGUAAGCAUUAAUGCAAUUAAGCAAAAUAAGCACUUUUUUGAGUAUGUAUUUAAACCAUCUUAAACUUGAAUAACUGUUGAUAAAAUACAUAUCUAUCCUAAUUUUGUAUUUUUGUGAGAAAAUUGCCCAAUUGUCAUUGUUACUUAUGUUAAUACUGAAAUGAUUGUGUUAACUUACUCAUUAACCAUUACACAUACAACAUUGAAUGCAUAAGAAACACCAUAUCAUAUACACAUUUUACAGCUUAUUACAUUAUAACAAUGAUAUUAAUAUAUUUUCUGUUAAAACAUAUAUAUAUAUA